GUCACGUCAUGUGACAGCUAGGAGCGUUCCAGGGUGAAAGUUAAACUGAGCGCGGUGGGAGUUUUGGUAACUGUAUCGUUGAAACAUGAGCGCUGCAUUGGUCCUCUUCACGGUGACCAUAGCGGCGUUAGCUGACGCUCUCCAUGGCCGCUCACACGCGUCCUUUCAGGCGGGAAAGCCCCCCCAGUUCACCGAGAAGUACUUCACUCAGACCGUGGAUCACUUCAACUUUAACAGCAUGGACAACGGGACGUUCAGCCAGCGAUAUCUGAUCACAGACGAGUACUGGAAGAAAGGCUACGGUCCCAUCUUCUUCUACACUGGGAAUGAGGGCGAUGUCUGGGGGUUUGCCCUGAACUCUGGCUUCAUCCUAGAGAUGGCAGCUCAGCAGCAGGCGCUGGUCAUUUUUGCUGAACAUAGGUACUAUGGCCGAUCUCUGCCCUUUGGCAAAGAGUCCUUCAACAUCCCUCAGGUGGGCCUGCUCACAGUGGAACAGGCCCUCGCUGACUACGCCAUCAUGAUCAGUGAGCUGAAAGAGCAGCUGGCAGCCACAGACUGUCCUGUUAUUGUGUUUGGUGGCAGUUAUGGUGGGAUGUUGUCCGUCUAUAUGAGAAUCAAGUAUCCCAACAUUGUGGCAGGCGCCCUGGCAGCCAGUGCCCCCAUUUUGUCGACUGCUGGUCUCGGAGACCCCAGGCAGUUUUUCAGAGAUGUUACAGCUGAUUUUGAAAAGAUCAGCCCUGAAUGCAGAGAUGCUGUGAGAGGAGCUUUCCAUCAGUUAAAACAAUUAGCUGAACGCCAAGAUUACAGUCGCAUCCAGUCAGAAGUUGCUCUCUGUAAGGCUCCAUCGUCUCCUCGCGACAUCCAUCAGCUCUAUGGGCUGCUGAGGAACGCCUUCACCCUGUUGGCCAUGCUGGACUAUCCUUACAGCACUCACUUCAUAGGCCACAUGCCUGCCAACCCCGUCAAGGUGGCUUGUGGAAUCAUGCUGAGUGGAUCGGAUCUGCUGGCUAACCUUAGAGACACCGCAGGGAUCGUGUACAACUCGACCGGGGUGCUGACUUGUUUUGACCUGUACAACCUCUAUCUGGAGUGUGCUGAUCCCACUGGAUGUGGACUGGGAUUUGACAGCCUGGCCUGGGACUACCAGGCAUGCACAGAGGUUGAGCUGUGUUAUGAGAGUAACAAUGUGACAGACAUGUUCCCCCCCAUGGCCUUCACCGAGAAGGACCGGGAGGUCUACUGCUCCAAGCGCUGGGCUGUGGUUCCAAGACCAGGCUGGCUCAAAGUCCAGUUCUGGGGUGACGCCCUCUCUACAGCGAGCAACAUUAUUUUCUCCAACGGGGAUCUGGACCCAUGGGCCAAUGGAGGGGUGCGUAAGUCCCUGAGCUCAUCGCUGGUGGCGCUCAACAUUUCUGGAGGGGCUCAUCAUCUGGACCUGAGAGGAUCUAAUGAGGCUGAUCCAGAGUCAGUCAUCAGUGCCAGAAAGACUGAAGCAGAGCUCAUUGCACAGUGGGUGAAGAUGGAAAGGACUAAGACUAGAUUACGAAAAUCAGACACACAGCAGAAGGGCUUCAUCUGACAAAUUCUCAGUUGUCUUAAGAAUUUAAAAGAUUACAAAAUCAAAGCCCAUUUAAAGCUCCCCGUCUUGUAUAAUCUUGCAUUUUCCCCUUUAUUUCUUUUUAAUGAAAUGAUAAAAGGAAAUGAUUGUGUCACUGUGCAGCCUGACUGGCAGCACUGUGAGCAUUGCCUGCCUCCUUCUUUCCCAGUGCAGCCCUGAUUAGGAUCACCUGUCAGGCUGCAAUUAACUAUGGACUGGCUCCACCUCCUCACACCACUAUAUAACUCACCUCAGUUUGUUCCUCGUCGCCGGCUCAUCUUCAGUCAAUUCAACACCAAGCCUUUCAAGUCCUGUUCGCUUCAGUCCCCUUCAUCUCCAAGCCUGUCAAGUCCAGUUCUCGUCCGUCACGUCUUUCUUCUUGUCUGCUAAGAUAAGUACCUGUUAUGCUGCACUGCUGGAUUUUUGCUCCUUCGUCUUCGUUGUCCGCAGUCCUGGUUCCAUAGCAGCCCAGCGCCUCCGGAUUCCUCUCUACUGCCCUGUGGGAUUUACUGCAGCAUCUGAGACCAAGGAACUCUGGGAAGCUCAGUUUUGGAUUAACUGUUGACCCAGCGUCCAAGGAACUCACUUAAUGCUGCACCACGGGGUUUUCAGCAGUCUGUCCUCCAGAUCCUGUCAGUCAUCUCCGGUCCGUUCCAGUCAGACAGCUCCUGCACACUUCAUCUCCCGUCUUGUAACCGUCUCUGGUUUUUGUCAUCUACAACCCACAACUUGCAAUAAACUCUCACAAGCA